GCAAAUUUCCCGCCAUCAGAGCAGCACUUCUGGUGUCUGGUCGGCGUGUGCGGGGACUGUAGAAAGUAGACACACAAAACAAGUAUAAUAACUAUUUUAGGCUUUGUUCGUUUUACUUGUCAAUCGCAGGGUCCAUUGUCGAAACAUGCCUUCUACAAACGAUUGGAUUAACAACCCUCUGGGUGUGGUGGAGGAGAUGUUUGGUGCGUCCCAGAACAGUUCUGAUUCCGGAUGGGAAGCGAAAGUAACCGAGUUCUUCAGACAGCGACUGAUGGAAAAGGACGCUCAUACAUGGGUCCCAUCCUUGAACGAUGUCCCUCUGCAUUACCUGAAGCCCAACAGUCUUGUGAAGUUCCGCUGUUUAAUUCAAGACAUGUUCGAUCCCGAGUUCUACAUGGGAGCAUACGACACGGUGGACCCUUCCACCAAGGCCAAAGUCUUGAGGUGUGGAAAGUACAAAGACGUCACUGAAUGCGGGGUGGAUCUGGAUUCUGCCAAUAUGGUGACUUCUGAGAGACAGACCUUCUACUGUGUUCCCAUACCUGGAGAAAGUCCCUGGGUGAAGGAAAGCUACGCCGGUACCUGUCAGGCCCGGGUGGUUCCCUCCACCUCCUACGUCCCCAGCAGACAGAAGCGCAGCUACGAAGACGACGACGAAGACGACAUGGACACCCAGCCCCAGGCGCAGGGCCACGCACACAACGGGACCCCAGCGGCCGCCGAGGCGCAGGGCAACGGUGACAGUAAACGCCAGGAGACGGAAGCCCCCUCCGGGCAGAAGGCAUCGAGCCCCCCUCUGGACCUCAACUUCCCCCUGCCUGGGGAGCAGGGCCCCGCCUGCCUGGUCAAGGUGUACGCGGACUGGGACAGCUUCAAGCUCAACGACACCCUGGAGGUGUACGGGAUCCUCUCUGUUAGCCCCGCGCUGAGCGCACUGAGCGACCAGAAUGACACGUCCUCCUCGCUGAUCCUGGACCCCGCCGAGUGCAUGGAGACGGCCGAGGAGCUACGGGUCCACAGCCCCCCCGCCUCCCUGGUCCCCCGCCUCCACCUCAUCCACACCCAGCGCCUGACUCACAACAACCCUCUGCUGCCCCCUGCUGCCCUGGAGGACAGCGCUGCAUCGCUGGCGGCCACGCUGGGCGAGAUGGUGUCGGUCCGCGCGGAGCUGCUGGCCUACUUCACUCAGCUUCUCCUGGGGGACGUGCUGGCAGCGGAGUACCUCCUGCUGCACCUCAUCUCCAACGUGUACGCCCGGCGGGACGUCAUCCCGCUGGGCAAGUUCACGCUGAACCUGAGCGGCUGUCCCGCGGCGGCCGGCCCCGCCUACACGGAGCAGCUGUACCGCGCCCUGCAGCAGCUCGUCCCCAGCGCGUACCGCCUCAGCAUGACUCUGCAGAACAUGAACCAGCUGCGGCUGGUUCCCAGGAAGGACUACGUGGCCAACCGGCUGCAGAGCGGAGCGCUGCAGCUGGCCGCCAACACCUCCCUGUACCUGGACGAGACCCAGCUGGAGCAGGGCCAGCUCGACCCCGCAGGCGUGCGUAACAUCACCGCCCUGGGGAACGUCAUCUCGUGGCAGAAGGUGGACUAUGACUUCAACUACCACCAGAUGGAAUUCCCCUCCAACAUCAACGUGCUGAUCGCUUCGGAGGGCCGGUCGCUGCUGCCGUCGGACUGCCACGUUCACCUGCAGCCUCAGGUCACGCCCCCCAACAUGGAGGCCUACCUGGGCUCCGCCCUCGCGGCCCAGUCGUCCUCCCACCUCAACAAGUUCCGUCUCUACCUGACGAUGGCCCGCACCCUGGACUACAGCAUCUCGGAGGAGGUCACCAAGGCCGUUGAGGAUGACUUCGUGGACAUGAGGAAGGACGACCCGCAGAGCAUCUCUGCCGACGACCUCCAUAGCCUGCUGGUUGUAGCCAGGUUGUUGUGUCUCAGCCUGGGCCAGAGCGCUCUGUCCACGGACGCCUGGAGCAGGGCCAAGCACAUCGAGACCCUGCGCAAGAGCCGGAGCGAGCCGCAAGGAUGCCUCAACGGCAACGAGCCCUGAUGGGAGUAUCGGACGCCGACUGAUGGUGACGAGUUGUUUUGAUUCAAAGGUUCCAGAAAUGUUUUGUAAUAAAGUUGUUUUUCAUGUUU